AUGGGGAAGAGAGUGGCCAUCAUCGGAGCUGGUGUCAGUGGAUUAGCCUCCAUCAGAAGCUGUCUGGAAGAGGGGCUGGAGCCCACCUGCUUUGAGAGGAGUGAAGAUGUUGGGGGCCUGUGGAAAUUCUCGGACCACGCAGAGGAAGGCAGAGCCAGCAUUUACCAGUCUGUCUUUACCAACUCUUCCAAAGAGAUGAUGUGUUUCCCAGACUUCCCAUAUCCUGAUGACUUCCCCAACUAUAUGCACAACAGCAAGCUCCAGGAAUAUAUCACUGCAUUUUCCAAAGAAAAGAAGCUCCUGAGAUACAUACAAUUUAAGACCCUUGUAUCUGGUAUAAAUAAACGUCCUGAUUUCUCAGUCACUGGUCAAUGGGAUGUUACCACUGGAGAUGGUAAAAAAGAAUCAGCCGUCUUUGAUGCUGUGUUGAUUUGUUCUGGACACCAUGUGUACCCCAACCUACCAAAAGAGUCCUUUCCAGGACUAAAACUUUUUAAAGGCAAAUGCUUCCACAGCCGGGAUUAUAAGGAGCCAGGAAUAUUCAAGGGGAAGCGAAUCCUGGUGAUGGGCCUGGGGAAUUCAGGCUGUGAUAUUGCCACGGAGCUCAGUCACACAGCUGAACAGGUCAUCAUCAGUUCCAGAAGUGGCUCCUGGGUGAUGAGCCGGGUCUGGGAUGAUGGCUAUCCAUGAGACAUGGUGUUUAUCACCCGGUUUGAAACCUUCCUCAAGAACAACUUGCCGACAGCCAUCUCCGACUGGUGGUACAUGAAGCAGAUGAACGCGAGAUUCAAGCAUGAGAACUACGGCUUGAUGCCUUUAAACGGAACCCUGAGGAAAGAGCCUGUGUUUAAUGAUCAACUCCCAGCUUGCAUUCUGUGUGGCACGGUGUCCAUUAAGCCGAAUGUGAGAGAAUUCACUGAGACUUCAGCCAUUUUUGAGGAUGGCACAGUGUUUGAGGCCAUCGAUUGUGUCAUUUUUGCAACAGGCUAUAGUUACGACUACCCCUUCCUUGAUGAGUCCAUCAUUAAGUGCAAAAACAAUGAGGUCACCCUGUUUAAAGGCAUUUUCCCUCCUAAACUGGAGAAGCCAACCAUGGCAGUGAUUGGUUUUGUCCAGUCCCUUGGGGCUACCAUUCCCACAGCUGACCUGCAAGCCCGCUGGGCAGUACAAGUAAUAAAAGGAACUUGUACUUUGCCUUCCGUAACAGACAUGAUGAAUGAUAUUGAUAAAAAAAGAGGGGAAAAGCUCAAAUGGUUUGGCACCAGCGAGACAGUACAGACGGAUUAUAUUACACAUAUGGAUGAACUUGCCUCCUUCAUCGGGGCAAAGCCCAGCAUCCCAUGGCUGUUCCUCACAGAUCCCAAGCUGGCUGUGGAGGUGUUCUUUGGUCCUUGCAGCCCAUACCAGUUUAGGCUGGUGGGCCCAGGCAAGUGGCCAGGAGCCAGGCAAGCCAUCCUGACCCAGUGGGACAGGACCCUGAAGCCCAUGAAGACGAGGGCUGCCGGGACCCCUCAGAAGCCUUGCUUGCUCUGCCGUUGGGCCAGGCUCCUCAUUCUCCCUGCUCUGUUCCUUGCUGUUUUCUUUGCAUUGAUCUAAUUAUCAUUCGUCCCAGGCUUCUGAAAGUUACUGACCACACCCCACCCAGGAAGGAACUUUUCUAUUUAAAAAUUAAAAGUUUCACACCUCCUACUUUCUUACUCAACAGACAUUACUCAGUAAAACUGUACUAUUUCCAGGCUUUUAAAUAAGCCUCUUUAAGAAUCAUGCGAUGAUCUAAAGACAGCACUAAUCAUUUCUCUUUAGAUUCCACUAACAUCUCAUCAUCACAAUUACGCUCUUCACCUCUAAUCUCAAUCGUCUCCUGAAACAUUUUGACAUGUUUCUUUUCUCCUUCAAUCAAGGUUUGAAAUACAUACUUUCAAUCUAAACAAAGAGCAAAUUCAGCGGAAUAGUUAUGGACAUUCUCCGGCCACCCCUGCAAACCAUUUUCAGGAGGGUCAAGUAGAGAAUUUGGCUAUCGAUUCUAUUUUUGUUCUACACCAAAUCCUCCAGGCAAUGAGUCCUGAGCAGAGCACGGAGGCCUGGUCGAUAACGAAAGUUAACAAGAGUGAACUUAUCAUAGCUAUAUUCUCAGUAAGGACACAAGCUUUCCAACAUAUAGCAGCAAAAUAAUGUCAACAACAAUGAGUAGAACAUGAAAUAUGCCUUUUAGAUGAAUGAAAUGUCUCAAAUAAAUAAAUAAAUAAAUAAACAUUUAACCAAAAGCAUUACCAAAAUUGCUGCCUUUAUUACAUGAACUUCUGGGGUAACAGCAUAAAUCUAAAGUUUGAUUUUUGAAAGUAUUAUCACAUUGUAUAGUUAAACUUCUGAUAGUUUAACAUUUUUUAAGUUUGCCGUUAUAGAGCAGAUAAAAUAAUCUGCCCUCAUCAUCAGUCACCAGAGGGCUCCAUACAUGGUUACGUCGCCUAUUUCUUAUAAUACCUUCACUUCUGAAGCCAGGGGAGCAGCAAGAUAAAUAUAUGGGAAAGGAACAAAAGACCACACAUUUCUUUGUACUUUUCCUUCUCUUUUUUUUUUUUUAAAUUCUCUUUACAUUUUUUCCUUUGGAGCUAAGAUCUAUCAUGGAUGUUGUUGUACACAAUUUUAAAUAUUUCCCUUUCCCUAAUUGUUUAAGAUAACAAAGUAACAUUCUGCUUUUAAGGGCUUCUCACCAGAUGUGAAACAUUCCCGAAUGUUCCCAAGUGAAACAGAACUUUUCUUGAACUCCAUGUGCUAGAUGGAAUCAGAUAAUGAAAAAUUAAUGACAGCCCAUGGAAUUUAUUUUGCUUGAUGUUAUCAAUACUAGCGCAGAAAAUAAACUGCAGAUGAAACUGGUACAAUCCAAUUUCUGUUAUUUUUCCUCAUGUGAUUAAGUUUUUGUAAACACUGAUUGACUCAUAAAGGAUAUGAUAUUCUUCCUAAACUAAC